UAGAUAGACUGAUAAUCAAACUGCAGGUGCAUUUGGAAUUUCUAUAUAAAACAUCCCUACAUGUUAUCUAGUGUACUGUGUUACUUCUAAUCUUGUUGCAUCAGGUUUCAGCUAAACUAUUUUCUUGCUACACGUGAGGUCUUCUAUAUAGAACAUCCAUUUGAUUCCGCUAAUAGUAAACCGAUAUUUCUUUUAGAAAUUUCUCUUUGAUGCAUUCAAAUAUUUAUUGUAGAAUUUUAUAUGGUCUCUGCUUUAACAUGUCGUAGAACUUGGGUCUGUUCAGUUGAGAAUGGAUAAGAGUUGGAUGCGAGCAGCAAGGUCUUCCGCUGAGUAUUCUGAAGGAACUAUCAACUUCAUACAAUUUGCUUUUCGCGAGUCAGCAAAAAAUAGUAGGAUUCUCUGCCCUUGCAAGAUAUGUGUAAACUCUCAUUGGUUAGGUGAACAUGAAGUCUAUGAUCAUUUGGUUUGUGAUGGAUUCAUGUCCGGAUAUACCACAUUGAUUCACCAUGGAGAAAGUACGCGGCCCUCCGAAGCAACUACUGGUCCUAGUUCACAGUUUGAAGAAUAUGCUGAUAGUGAUGAGAUGGAUGAGAUGCUACUAGAAGGAUUUGGGAUGUACGGUACUCGUACUUUAGGAGAGGAGCAAGAAUCUGAAGAUGAUUUGGACGAUGAUGUUGAGGCAUACUAUAGAUUAGUUGAUGAUGGACGCCAAGAGUUGUACCCAGGUUGCAAAAGAUUCUCGAAGCUGCAAUUUUUGGUGAGGUUGCUUCAUAUCAAGAAUAUGAGGGGAAUGAGCAAUGUCUGCUUUGAUCAGGUAUUGACGCUAAUUAAGGAGGCACUUCCAGAAGGUCAGGCGUUGCCCAAAAAAUUUCAUGGGGCCAAAAAGUUUGCGAGAGCCAUUGGUAUUGGAUAUGAUAGUAUAGAUGCAUGCAAAAACGAUUGCAUUCUAUUUAGGAAGGAACAUGAUGAUGACAUAUCAUGUCCAGUGUGUGGCACAAGUAGAUGGAAGAGCAUAAAUACUGGAGUUGAUGGAAGGCGUGUCCACAAGGUGCCUCAAAAGGUGGUUCUUCAUUUCCCGCUAAAGAAGAUACUCCAAAGGUUGUUCGCUUCUACAAAUACGGCAUCAGAUGUGAGGUGGCACAGCGAAGGCCGCACAAAGGACGACUUGAUACGACACCCAGAUGAUUCACCUGCAUGGAAACACUUUGAUGCUAUUCACAAAGACUUCAGUUCAGAAGUUUGCAAUGUUAGAUUUGGAUUGGGAGCAGAUGGUUUCAACCCUUUUGGAAAUAUGAAUCUCUCAUAUAGCAUAUGGCCUAUCGUCUUGAUCCCCUACAACCUUCCUCCAUGGAUUUGUAUGAAGCAAUCAAACUUUAUCCUCUCUGUCAUCAUUCCUGGUAAAAAAUCUCCAGGGAAAGACAUGGAUGUUUACAUGCAGCUAACCAUAGAUGAUCUUCUGGAGCUUUGGAAUGAUGGAGUCUGGACUUAUGAUGCCUCUCGAUCUAAGAAGUUUCUCUUACGUGCCGCACUACUAUGGACAAUAAGUGAUUGGCCUAGGCAUGGAUCUUUGUCUGUAGAAAAUAUAGUAGUUUGCUCCCAUUGUCUAUCAAAGACAUGCUCUCUUUGAUUAAAGAAUGGACACAAGAAAUGCUAUAUGGGACAUCGCAGAUUCUUGGAACCUAAUCACGAGUUUCGAUUUGAUGCUGAGUCAUUUGAUGGUUUUGAGGAACAUCGGGAGCCUCCCGUUCCCCUUUCAUCACAUGACAUUUCAAUAUUGACAAAGGAUAUGAAAACUACGUAUGGGAAACUGCAGUAGAAGAGCAGCAGGAAGCAACAUUGUAAUCAGGUAGAUGAGAAUGAUACAAGCGUGCAGCAAGACACUUCAAUAUUCAGAAAGAGAAGUUGCUUCUUUCAGCUGCCAUACUGGGAAACACUUCUAUUGCGUCAUAAUCUGGAUCCUAUGCACAUAGAGAAGAAUGUGUUUGAGAAUAUUGCCCAUGCCCUUCUGAAUGUUAGUAAAAGAUCAAAGGAUAAUCUAAAUGCACGUCUUGACCUACAAAAAUUGAAUAUACGCCAAGACCAACAUCCAGAUUUAACUGGGAGCAGGGGCGAAUCUACUAGGGGGGCUUUAACAGGCUUGAGCCCCCCCUCCAGAACUGAAAAAGGUUUUUUUACUACUAGUCUCAAGGCCCAAAUCAGCCACAUGCCAGCCCAACCCAACAUACAUUUGCAUGAUACAGACUUGCAUAAACUUUGAGCCCACUCUCUAUUUUCUGUCUAUAUUCGCCACUGACUGGGAGUAAACCAUACCUACCUCCAGCAUUAUACUACUUGGAUUCACACGGUGCUAAUAUGUUUUGCUAGGUUCUAAAGGAUGCUAGGUUUCCUGAGGGCUAUGCAUCCAACUUGCACAACAAAGUGGAUAUAGUGAGAACGAGAUUAAAUGGACUAAAGAGCCAUGACUGUCAUAUUAUAAUGCGUGAUCUGUUGCCCUUAGCCAUUAGGAGAACUUUGCCUAAAGAUGUUUGUAUUCCAUUGAUGCGUUUGUGCAACUACUUCAAGCAAUUAUACUCUAAGGUUAUCACUGUGAGUGAGAUACAAAAGUUGGAGGAUGAGAUUACUGAAAUCAUGUGCCAAUUGGAGAAAGUAUUUCCUCAUGCCUUUUUGACAUCAUGGAACACUUGACCCUUCAUCUUGCAACUGAAGUACGGAUUGCUGGACCGAUGCUACCGAAGCAUGAGGGCUGUUGAGAGGUUUUUCGGCAAGUUAAAGAGUAUGAUCCAUACGCUAAGUCACCCAGAGGGAUCAAUAGCAGAGGGAUAUGUUUUGGAUGAUACUCUUACAUUUUGCUCAAGAUGUACUUGUGUUACAUUGUUGGCCCUUUAUUGUCGAUUGAUACUUUGAUGUUGUUUUCGAAUUUGUGAAGAUGUUCUAAUGCUUUACAUUAUUCGCUUGCAAGAUGGUACUUCUAGUCCAUGCAAGCCUCUCAAUCUUGUUGUGCUGUUGUAUAUAUGUGUUUGUACAGUGGUUGCAAAUUAGUGAGCUUGCUAUAACAGUGUCUUUAAUUCACAUUAUUAUAUGCCUGUGUAAAAUUUAUGGCAUUCUUAUGUGCCUCGGAAACAUUUUGGAGGCAAGUCGAAAGACGCCACAAAAUGGUUUUCGAGGCGAUCUUAAGAAAUGCCACAAAAAUGUUUUGAAGGCAGUAUGAGUUAUGCCACACAAAAUUUUUAGAGGCAGUAUAAGAAAUGCUACAAAUAGUCUUUGGAGGCAUUCCUAAAGAUGCCUCAAAUUGAGCUUGCUCGCAUUUUAAAAAAUGCCUUUGUGUUUCUUUUGAGGCAUUAUUGAAAACUGCCUCACACUGAGCUUGCUGGAAUUUUAAAAAUGCCUCUGUGUUGAUCUUUUGAGGCGUUCUGGAAAAGUGCCUUCAAAGACCUUUCCCUUCUUGACCAUCUCUAGCA